GCUCCGCGAAGUUUCAGUGACGGGGGCAUCACUGCAGCGCACUGAAGGGAAGGAAAGAACAGAAGGGAAAAGAAGGGAGAGAGGUGCCCCAUCCAUCCAUCUAUCCAUCCACUGAAUUUUCCUGCAGGACUUUAUUAACGUAUGGCUGCAUGAGAGGCUUAGAGCUCUCGCGCUUUCUCUCUCCGGGACUGUUGGGUUACUGGUUCUGUCCUGAUAUCAAGCAGUUGUCAUAAUAAUAUAAUCAAACUCUACGCGUCAGGACGGGCGCAGGUGGUCAUGGAUACACCUAUCAGAUGGAAAGUAAAGCGGAGGUUUAAGGAGGUGCGGCUGUCGGUACUCCUAGUAUUCCUGAUGUUUGUCACCUCACGAGUCAGCGCAGCUGAGCCAGCCGAUCUCCUAAAGAUUUUAGAUUUUCACAGUUUGCCAGAGGGUGUAACGAAAACUACAGGCUUCUGCACACACAGGAAGUCAUCAAAAGGGCCUGAUGUCGCCUACAGAGUCACAAAAGAUGCACAGCUUAGCGCUCCUACGAAACAACUCUACCCCUCGUCUGUAUUUCCUGAGGACUUCUCCAUCUUGGCAACGGUGAGGCCAAAUAAAGGCAGUCAGUCCUUCCUGCUGUCGGUGUAUAAUGAACAGGGCAUCCAGCAACUCGGUCUGGAAGUGGGACGCUCUCCCGUCUUCCUGUACGAGGAUCACCUGGGCAAACCCGGCCCGGAGGACUACCCGCUCUUCAGAGGGGUCAACUUGGCAGACGGAAAGUGGCAUCGUGUGGCAAUCAGCGUUCACAAACAGAGCAUUACUCUGAUUUUGGACUGUAAGAAAAAGGUAACACGGACACUAUCCAGAAGCCCUCACCCCAUCAUCGACACCAAAGGCAUCGUGGUCUUUGGAACGCGUAUCCUGGACGAGGAGGUCUUUGAGGGUGACAUCCAGCAACUGAUGAUCGUAUCGGACCAUCGUGCUGCGUUUGACUACUGUGAGCACUACAGCCCCGACUGUGAGGUUCCUGCCCCUGAACAGCCCCAGAACCAAGAUCCAAACACUGAUGAAUAUAACACAGAGGAUAACUACUAUUAUGAAUAUCCCUACUAUGAGGACAUGGAUGCGGAAAAAACUGGAGAAACGACAACCGACGAAACGACUGGAACCGAAACUGAAGACCUAACGGUGUCUGUUCCGGAUAGCGGUCGCGUGGUUACCUCAGUUAUCACUAGUGGAACAGGAGGCUCCAGCAGUUCGAGUAGCUCCUCCUCCUCCUCCUCUUCAUCCUCCAGCUCGACCACCAAUACUGGCGAGGACCCGUACGACGGCUACGAUGGUUACGGAAACGGAUACGAUACGUACUAUGACGAGUCGACCUCAAGGCCUGAUGGCUCCCGGACCAUCACGAUCACUAGUACAAGCACAAGUACUGGCGGAGAAGUAGAUAUUGGACUGGGUGAGGUGGAUAUGGGAUUGGGAGGAGACCUGGACAGGCGGAUCAUCACAUCAUCGUCUUCAUCAUCAUCAGGAGGAGGAGGAAGUGGAAGAGUGCACUCAACUGUCACAAUCAUUAAUGGAACCUCCGGCUCCGGCUCUAGCACCAGAAUCAGUUCUGGCUCCAGCUCCAGCUCCGGUUCUGGCUCCAGUUCCAGAAUUAGUACUGGCUCCGGUUCCGGCUCUAGUUCCAGUUCCAGAAUCAAUAUCGGCUCCGGCUCCAGCUCCAGCUCCAGCUCCAGCUCUGGAGUUAAUACUGGCUCCAGCUCUAGCUCUAGCUCUACCACAGUUGGUGGUGGUUAUGAUGACACCCAGUACGGUGAGGGUUAUGAUCUGACCUAUGGAGAGGGAUAUGGAGAAGGAUACGGAGAGGGAGAUUAUACCGUGGGAGGAGGAGGCGGCAGCAGCAGCAGCAGCAGCACCAGCACUUCAGUUUCCGUUGGGGGCGGAUCUGUUUCUGUUGGAGGCGGGUCUGUUUCUUCAAGCGGCUCAGUUGGGGGUGGAUCCGUCAGUGCUGGGGCCAGCGCAGGGGCGGGGUCUGUUGCCACAGGAGGACAGGGAGGAAUUGGCGGAGAAGCAGAUUCCAUCGAUAUUGACAAGUUUAAGGAGGAGUCUAUCACGGAUUACACCGAUGCAGAACUGGAGAGCAUGUAUAAUUAUGAAGAUCUAUACCCAGACAGCGACAAAGAGUUGCCUGCAGAGACCGUGGACACCUAUGGACAGGUGGAUGGACUGAGAGGAGAGAAGGGCCAGAAAGGAGAGCCUGCGAUCAUUGAACCUGGAAUGCUGGUCGAAGGCCCACCUGGUCCAGAGGGUCCUACGGGUCUCCCCGGCCCUCCAGGUUCAACGGGACCCCCAGGUAGCGCUGGAGAGCCCGGUGAGAGGGGUCUUCCUGGUCGCCCUGGUCUGCCUGGAGCCGAUGGUCUUCCAGGACCUCCAGGGACUGUCCUGAUGUUGCCUUUCCGCAUGAGUACAGGAGGGGACGGUGGACAAAAAGGUCCUGCUGUUUCUGCCCAAGAGGCUCAGAUGCAAGCCAUCAUGCAGCAGGCCAGGCUGGCGAUGAGGGGUCCAACCGGACCGAUGGGUUUGACAGGCCGUCCUGGUCCUCUGGGUCCUCCUGGUGUACCUGGACUGAAAGGAGAGUCUGGAGAAUCAGGACCUCAGGGUCCUCGUGGUCCACUGGGAUCCGCAGGCCCUCCUGGAAAGCCUGGUAGACGGGGUCGACCCGGCUCAGAUGGAGCCAGAGGGAUGCCUGGACAGACGGGACCUAAGGGUGACAGAGGAUUUGAUGGUCUUGCUGGUUUGCCCGGUGAAAAGGGUCACAGGGGUGAGACGGGUCCUCAGGGGCCGCCUGGGCCUCCAGGAGAGGAUGGAGAGAGAGGCGACGAUGGUGAGGUCGGACCCAGGGGUCUGCCUGGAGAACCAGGUCCUCGUGGUUUGUUGGGCCCCAAAGGUCCCCAGGGGCCUCCAGGACCUCCUGGUGUGACUGGUAUGGACGGACAUCCUGGACCUAAAGGAAACAUCGGUCCUCAAGGUGAGCCAGGUCCUCCUGGACAACAAGGCAACCCCGGAGCUCAGGGACUUCCAGGUCCUCAGGGAGCAAUCGGACCUCCAGGAGAGAAGGGUCCCACUGGAAAACCAGGCUUACCAGGAAUGCCAGGAGCCGACGGACCUCCGGGCCACCCAGGAAAAGAAGGGCCAUCAGGAGAGAAAGGAAACAUGGGACCUCCUGGUUCUCAAGGGCCAAUCGGAUAUCCUGGGCCUCGAGGUGUCAAGGGUGCUGAUGGAGUCCGCGGGCUGAAAGGAAACAAGGGUGAAAAGGGAGAAGACGGAUUUCCUGGAUUUAAGGGAGAUAUGGGCAUCAAAGGGGACAGGGGAGAACUUGGUGCUGCUGGACCCAGAGGUGAAGAUGGGCCUGAGGGACCCAAAGGAAGAUCUGGUUUGCCUGGAGAUCCUGGACCACUCGGACCAUCAGGAGAGAAGGGUAAGCUUGGUGUACCCGGUUUGCCAGGCUAUCCAGGAAGACAAGGCCCCAAGGGUUCUCAAGGAUUCCAGGGAUUCCAAGGAGCCAGUGGAGAGAAAGGCACAAGGGGUACACCAGGGAAGCCAGGCCCCCGAGGACAGAGAGGACCCACGGGACCCCGUGGUGAAAGAGGGCCAAGGGGACCGACAGGGAAAGCAGGACCAAAGGGCAACUCAGGAAGCGAUGGCCCCCCAGGACCACCCGGUGAAAGGGGUUCAUUGGGACCACAGGGACCUGCUGGAUUCCCUGGCCCUAAGGGUCCACCUGGACCUCCUGGAAAGGAUGGACUGCCCGGACACCCUGGCCAGAGAGGAGAGACUGGUUUCCAAGGUAAAACCGGACCUCCCGGACCCCCAGGUGUAGUCGGACCUCAGGGACCAACAGGUGAGACUGGACCAAUGGGAGAGCGAGGUCAUCCUGGACCCCCAGGACCACCCGGUGAACAGGGUCUUCCUGGACCUGCGGGCAAAGAGGGAGCGAAGGGAGAUCCAGGUCCAGCAGGGUCAGCGGGUAAAGACGGACCUCCAGGACUCAGAGGGUUCCCAGGCGAGAGAGGUUUACCAGGCCCUGUGGGAUCAGCAGGUUUGAAAGGGAGUGAAGGACCUCCAGGGCCACCUGGACCUGCUGGUUCUCCUGGUGAACGUGGUCCUGCUGGCCCAGCUGGUCCUACCGGCCUCCCGGGCCGACCUGGACCUCAAGGACCCCCAGGCCCCGCUGGAGAGAAAGGUGGACCUGGCGAGAAAGGACCUCAAGGCCCAGCUGGUAGAGAUGGUAUUCAGGGACCUGUGGGGCUUCCAGGCCCGGCUGGACCCAUCGGACCCCCAGGAGAGGAUGGUGAUAAGGGCGAGAUUGGAGAGCCAGGACAGAAGGGAAGCAAAGGUGACAAGGGCGAGCAGGGUCCUCCAGGGCCUACUGGUCCCCAAGGUCCUAGCGGUCAGCCAGGUCCUCCUGGUGCUGAUGGAGAGCAAGGUCCCAGAGGUCAGCAGGGUCUUUUUGGACAGAAGGGAGAUGAGGGCUCACGAGGCUUCCCAGGACCACCCGGACCUGUCGGCCUUCAGGGCUUGCCUGGACCCCCUGGUGAGAAAGGAGAGACUGGUGAUGUCGGUCAAAUGGGUCCACCCGGUCCACCGGGCCCCAGAGGCCCCUCUGGACCCCCAGGAGCUGACGGGCCGCAGGGACCUCCGGGAGGUAUUGGAAACCCAGGAGCAGUAGGAGAGAAGGGAGACUCUGGUGAAGCAGGAGAACCAGGCCCACAGGGAGACGUCGGCCCUCCAGGUCCAAGAGGAGAGCGAGGAGAAAAGGGAGAGGCCGGACCUGCUGGUUCUGCUGGUCCCCCAGGACCAAAAGGACCACCAGGAGAUGAUGGUCCUAAAGGAAGUCCUGGUCCAAGUGGAUUCCCUGGUGAUCCUGGUCCUCCUGGAGAGCCAGGUCCAUCUGGUUUGGAUGGUGCUCCAGGUGAUAAGGGUGACGAUGGAGAGCCUGGUCAGCCAGGAUCCCCUGGACCUACUGGUGAAACUGGCCCUACUGGUCCUCCAGGAAAGAGAGGACCUCCUGGACCUGCUGGACCUGAAGGAAGACAGGGAGAGAAGGGUGCCAAGGGUGAAUCUGGUCUGGAGGGUCCAGCUGGUAAGACGGGUCCAGUUGGCCCUCAGGGAAGCCCUGGAAAACCUGGUCCUGAGGGUCUGAGAGGUGUGCCUGGACCAGUGGGAGAACAAGGACUGCCCGGUGCUCCUGGACCUGACGGACCCCCUGGACCGAUGGGUCCUCCUGGCCUGCCUGGAUUGAAGGGAGAUACUGGUAUUAAAGGUGAAAAGGGUCAUCCUGGUCUCAUUGGACUCAUUGGACCUCCAGGAGAACAGGGAGAGAAGGGAGACAGAGGGCUGCCGGGUCCACAAGGAUCUUCAGGACCUAAAGGAGACACUGGUAUUGCAGGUCCCUCUGGACCUAUUGGACCCAUUGGACCACCUGGUCUCCCGGGUCCUCCUGGUCCUAAAGGUGCUAAAGGAUCAUCUGGUCAGACUGGCCCGAAGGGUGAAGCUGGAAUACCGGGACCUCCUGGACCUCCUGGUCCACCUGGUGAUGUCAUUCACCCUCUGCCAAUCCAGUCCAGCCCAAAACGGGCAAAGAGGAACAUUGAUGCCAGCCAGGUGAUGGACGACGCUGCAGAUGCCAACUACAAAGACUAUGAGGACGGCAUGGAGGAGAUAUUCGGCUCUCUGAACUCUCUCAAACUGGAGAUUGAACAGAUGAAACACCCGCUGGGCACACAGAGUAACCCCGCCCGCACCUGCAAAGACCUACAGCUGUGCCACCCAGAUUUCCCAGAUGGUGAAUACUGGAUUGAUCCGAACCAGGGCUGCUCCAGAGACUCUUUCAAAGUGUACUGUAACUUCACAGCAGGUGGCGAGAGCUGCAUCUUCCCCGAUAAAAAGAGCGAAGGGGCCAGACUCACCUCUUGGGUGAAGGAGAAUCCGGGGUCGUGGUUCAGUGAAUUCAAACGUGGUAAACUGCUCUCGUACGUGGACGCGGAGGGCAAUCCGAUCGGAGUGGUGCAGAUGACAUUCCUGCGUUUACUCAGUGCCACGGCUCGACAGAACCUGACCUACAACUGUUACCAGUCGGUAGCUUGGCAUGACCAGGAUCUCGACAAUUACGAUAAAGCCAUCCGCUUCCUGGGCUCCAACGAUGAGGAGAUGUCUUACGAUAACAACCCGUACAUCAGAGCCGCCGUCGACGGCUGCGCGUUGAAAAAGGGCUAUGAAAAGACUAUUCUUGAGAUCAACACACCUAAAGUGGAGCAGGUACCAUUUGUUGACAUUAUGUUUAACGAUUUCGGCGGAGCAACGCAGAAGUUCGGCUUUGAGGUCGGACCGGCCUGCUUCAUCGGCUAAGACUGCUCAGCGAGCACACGCGAACCAAACAUAUUCAUUUUCUCCCAAAAAAAAAAAAACAAAACACAAGAAAGAAAUAGGAUGACUUAUUUGUAAAGUUUUGUGUUUCCAAACAAACCCAACCGAUACCAAGUAAGGAUAAAAGAAAUUUGAAGAAAGAAUGGAUGUGUAAACAAUGGGUUCUUAUAACAGAGCAACCUUUUUAACCUCAGUGUACCCUCUGCAUCACAUGCAAGUUUUGAAACUGGAUGAGGUCAUCGAUCAUGUCUCUCCCAGCCACGCCCACUUUACGCUUGUCUGACUCUUUGUCCCUCCCACAGGCUGUAUAGACAGAAUAGAUCCAUCUUUUUAUUUCCCGCCUGUUCUUGGACUCGUAUCGCUGCGCACGUCCGGUCCGGCAUUUUCGUACGAGAAAUCCUUUUCAGUUGGUUUGUUUGCUUGGGUUUUAUGCUGUUCCUCUUUCCACUUCUAAGCUUUGUGUUUUUUGUGCAUACUUGUCUUCCAUUCCCUGGAAUGGUGAUUAUAUAUAUAAAUAUAUAUAAAUAUUUUUUUUUCUAUGUUUGUAAGUACUUUCUGUAUAUUUUUUUUUUCUGGUGAAGUGUUUUUUUGGUUCUGGCUUCAAAACAUGCAUGUGAACCCAUUGAGCGAUAAGGACAGAGCUGCUGGUUAUUGGAUUUUUUUAUUAUUAUUUUUUUUUUUUUAAAUCACAUACAAAAUAUCUGAACCCUCCCAAAUAAAGAGCCUGAGGAAAUUUCCAGUGAAUCUGAAAUAAGGAAAUUAAUAAAGUAUGACAAAAAAGCAACUGCAACAGCAACAAAAUGUCUUCUUGCAGAUGUAAACAACGUCUUUUUGUAAUUUAAACAACAAAAUGACAAUAAAAGUAAGAAACAGCCGUAAUGUGAGCAUUAAUUUGCUACCUGUCAUGUUGAACCGGUUUCCGUGGGUCUGUUGAGAUCAUGACCCAUGUGCAUGAGGGGAAUCUUUGAUCUGACGUUCAUGAAUCUGUGCUUCCCUGUAUCAGAAGAGCACACCAUCACACUGAGGAAACACAAUAUCGGUAAACUAGGUGCUAUUUCCUUCUGUCUGUGGUGCUACCAAUAUAUACCUUUUUUCCUGUAAUUGUUUGUUGUAACUGAAAACGGCUCUGCGGUGAUGCCCAAGCGGUUCCACGUCCUCUGUCAAAGUCCUAGCUUUGCUUCCCGAGGUGGCGAAGUACUUUUAUGCAUGCCGUAAAAUCAUAUUCAUUUAUAGAUGAGAACACGUUUUCUUCUGUUAUCAUUCCUCAGCACAUUUGACAAUGUCCAGAUUGUUACAUAUGAAGAUAAUUUAUGGUCUUCCAAAGGCUUUAGCUCACACUUUGCAUUACAACGUUCAUACUGUAUAUCGCAGACUAUUUACAUUAAGUACUUUGUCAUUUGAAAUGGUUAAAUGGAGCACAAUUACUGUUAAUGCUGUUGUGUAACAUGGACCCUGUAAUGUAAAGUGUUACUCUAGUUAGCUUGAAAAUGAAAAUCAAAAGCUUUUCACGUACUAAAAGUUUUAGCAUUUGAAACCGCUCUGGAGAAUUAGCUUGGGACCUUUUGAUUAGCUAUUUUUGGAGGGUUCUGUGAAUAUUUUAACCAAAACGCUUAGAGGAAUGAAUAGUUAACGUCACUGCCGAUUUCAGCUUUCCUUCCAAAGAGAUUUCUCUUAACUUAAGAGACUUGAAGACCAAGAAUCAGAUUGUCUUGUGUGAUUAUUCAAGUAUGUUGUACAUUCGCUAGCAUAUAUUCCUUCUUCACCUGUUAGAAUUGUGAGGAGUUGUUGUCAUUGACUAGAGCCAUCUUGAUAUUCAUCUAUCAUCUGUUGCCACACUUUCCUGCACCCUUUUGUUCUGCUUUUGACCACUAGACUUGCUACUGCAAAAUCUUGCUCUCCAAUUUUUAAUUAAAUAUGACUUGAACUGUUUUUCUUUUAAGAGGAUUCAACAUGGAAUAUGCAGUUUUGACACAAUUUUAUCAGUAUGAAACGAAACGAAUUUCAACCGAUUCUUCUGUAUAUUUCAAAACCAGCAGUAAUGCUGCCAAUAAAGUUUAUUCUGUUUUGUUUUUUGUCUUUGUAAUGUUUGUUUAUUUGUUUGUUUGUUUGUUUUUGCAGUCGUGUCAAACCUGUGUACGAGCAGAUAGAAGAGAUAUUGGUUUUUUUGUCAAUAAAUUCAAGUUUACUGUGUCCACACCCACCCUUGUAUGUCUUUUGAAGCAUUAAAACUUUCCUGUAUGCAUGAAA